GAUGUUUCUACCAUAAAAUCUCAUUAUCCUACAUAUAAGAUAGGAACUGAAUAAAAAAGCACUAAGAAUUCGAUUGAUAAGUGUUUUCCUGGUCCAGGAUAAUAUUAUAGAGAGUAAACCUUUUUCUUAUCAACAGGAGAGUAGAUAGUUUGAGUAAUUUGCAAAAUUCAGCUCCAUCCGUUAAAAUUCCUCAAGCUUUAAGGAAAGAUCUCAAUGACUCGAUUACUAUUACUCCAGGUCCAGGUAGUAUCAAAUACCAAAAAUAAGAGACACUU